AUGCUCUCGCGGAGGAACGAGCGCGAACGCAAUAGGGUUCACCUACUCAACUUAGGCUUUGAUCGACUCAGAGCAGUUGUGCCGAAACGCGAGGGUGAGCAUCUGAGUAAGAUCUCUACUUUAAAAAAAGCAAUUUGGUACAUAGAACACUUGGACCGGGUUCUUCACGAGGAAGUAGCACCAGAAGUAGCAGACAGUGGGGUAGUGGGCACAGACUUGGGGAGUGAUAGUGUCACGGCAAUACCGUCAGGACAUCAAUACCAACAGCAAGAACAAAUAAAAGGGGAAGAAGAGCGGCUUUCACCGAUAUUUCCAGCUAGGAUUGACGAACCUUCAACAGAGGGAUCGUUACAGUCACUUCACUAUGCAAGCACAACUCUGGAUAGUGGCUAUGGGAGCAGUUUCUACUCCAUCAGACCGCAGGAACCGCCACCACCACCAGUACGAAUGUGGAUAAUCGACAUCGAUGCAACUUCUACACCGAAACGCUGA